UUUAUUUACAUUUUGAUUAUCUGUGUUUUAAACUAUAUUGUAAGCAGAGAAUGGUUCUUGUUUUUGUUUGUAUUUGGCGAAGUUUAUGAAAAUGAAGAGAGCCCGUUGUCUGUUUCUGUGACGUGCACAAUUUGUCGUCUAAUGCCGGCGAUUUCUUUAUGUUUAAUAUUGUUUUCUUCUUCGUUGUAAUCACUAAUCAGAAUUCUAAUGGCAACUAUUGGGCUUUGAUCUCUCGUCAGUUCGAAACUCAGGCUCACAAAUGAAGGGAAGGGAAAAAGAAAGAAAAAUGAUUUUCCAGAUAUUGUCAUCUCAACAAAUGCUGAUUGAUUUCAGUGAUAAAAAGGAUUAGGUUCUUAGCCAAACCAUGGAGGAUUCUCACAAAUUGGUCAACAGAAAUGGACUACCAGAGAACAGCCACUACCUGACAAGGCACUCCUACCAACAGAGUGCCAAAGUAUCCUUGCCUUGGCUUGAUUUGAAGGUUUUUUACUUGAGAGUUACAAAUUGUGAGAUAGAUGAUUCAGCACCCGAGCAUCUUAGGCUGAAACAUUUUCCACUAAAUCAUGACACUCUUCUUGAAAUAAAUGGUGUAAGAACUAGCAUCUACUCUGAUGGUGUGUCUUCAAUUCUUAGGAGGGACCGGUUGGAUAAGAAAUCUGAAGAGGUAACAUUUGUGUGUACUGAUAGUAUAAGGGUUUCUGGGAGUGUGAAGUUUGAGGUUUUUGAUAGGGAUGUUCUUUUGCUGUCGGGUGUACUAGACUUCUGUGCUAAAAAUGGCUACAUUGGGCAAUCAGAGAAUCACAGCCAGACUUGGAGUAUGAAUUGUGAAUCAGACAUUGUUGCUGAUACUGGGUUUCUGAGGGGAAAACCAUACAUGAAUCUGGAGCUGGCUUCACCAAGAAUUGAGGUUUAUGUUACCGGUUGCUUUGCUGGUACUCCUAUUAUCCUAACUAAGACUGUGCAGCUUAAUCUCCAAAAGAAGCAAAUGAGGAAGAAGAUGCUGAAUUCAAGACCAGAAAAUGGGGCUGCUGAAAGCCUGGAAGAUGCUCCGUCCAGUCUUGCCACACAGGUAUCAGGGUACCCAAACUACAAGCCAGAAACUGAAGACUACAACCAUCCUUGUGCUGCAGCGUAUUUAGAAGGUGAAGAUGGGGAACUGUCAUGGUUCAACGCCGGUGUCAGGGUAGGUGUAGGAAUCAGCCUCAGCAUUUGCCUUGGAAUAGGGAUAGGAGUCGGCUUACUGGUCCGAACCUACCAGGGAACCACCAGAAGAUUCAGAAGACGGCUGCCAUGAUCUACACCAUUGAUACUCGCCUUUCUAACCCAACAUCACCUGUUAUGCUCCCUCAUGAUCCAAAUCCUGUCAAUCUAAUCGGUUUCUGAGGCCACCCCAUUCCAGAUUACAUCAAAGAGAUCAUGAGCCUGCGAUCAAGUUCAGAGUCACCUCUGCUUGAAUUUUGACUUUCCUUGAUAAAAUAGCUUCUCCUGCACCUGAUAUUGUAGGAAAUAGCUUUGUUACAGUGACAUGAUACUACUUUUCUUCUUCUUCUUCUUCUUCUUACAUAAUCACGGUUGAAUCGCUGUUCUUGAUUUGCUCUUUCUCUUUCAAUGCUGAUAAAUGGAAUCGGAUUUUGAGAUA